CCGAUGAGAUAACUAUGUCCAAAAAACUGCACUGUUACCGCGCGUUGAAAAAUACUUUUUUAAUAGAGAGGCCGCUAUAAGCACAGACGUACGGGCUUAAAAACUUUGGGGAAGGGAAGGCGGAGAAUUUUGGAGAGUUUCCCGAGUCAAGAGAACAAAUACCCAACUUACCACCAAUUUAGGCAACAAUUGUUCGAAUUUGGUACAGUUCGAUUGAAAUAACCAUUUUUUUUGUUGUUUUUGCCAAACAGAAUUGAUCAAAGAGAGAUGAGUCCGAGGCAACCAAUUUCAAAUUAGUUGUUUUAACAGUGAGGAAUAAAGCAGCUAUAUGCUAUAUUUUAAUAUGUCAUUAUUUAUAUUAUGAUUCAAUUUUUAGCAUGGCAGAUCAAGCGCAUGUUUGCAUAAAAGUAUGUCUCGAAAAGGACAUACAUUAUAUUACACAAGACCUCAUGCAGAAACAAACCACAUUUCCGGUUUUUCACCUCCUGUAUUUUAUUAAUUAAUAGUAUAUUUUCAAAUGCGACGUCAUCCUGGCGGAGCCUAUAUAAGUUAAAGACAUACGUGUUUGGAAUAUUCUUUUCGCCGCGUAAAGGGAUUGUAUUUAAUACGACUAUGAACAGCACAGAAAACAACUUGAUAAGGGAUGCCCCGGUACAUGCAUUGGCACUGUUGGUCACAGUACAUCUCGCUGACAAAGAUGAACUGGUUUUUGUUGAAGGCGUCCUCAUGGAAGCAAUGAACCCUUUCUUCAUCGUAUCACUUGCUUCGUAUUUGGGGCUGGCAAUUGAGCGAUUCUGUUCUGUGGCUUUCCCAAUGUGGCACCGUGUGAAUGUUACCAUUCGGAUAUGUCGCUGUUGGGUAGCAGGAAUAUGGGCUGUCGGUGUUAUAUUUGAAAUCGGCCUCGUCAUUCUCAAGCGCGUUAUGGAGAACUCCCAAGUUGAAUUUCAUUUCGUUGUCAUAAUAUUCAUGUGGAUGAUGUUUUUCCUGACACAAUUAGUCUAUACAGGUUCUUGUUUAUCUAUUCGAAAACAAAACCGUGCGCUUCAAACACGCAGCGAUAUGAAUGAGACAGCCGUAAGAACAAUGAAACUCCGUCUCAAAAACGAGAAUAACUUUUUACUUACAAUUGCAUUAGUUUGCUUCAUCCUAGCGGCGACCAUUUUACCGUUCCUGACGUUGGCACUUAUUUUGGUCUACAAAUGGACGAAAACUGAUUCGGUAAAUGUUAGUAAAGACGGCGGAGGCUCCCUUUUACCUUCUCAUCAUGUUUGGAGUGCUGUAGCAAUCGGUACAAAUUCUGUUUUAAAUAUCUUCAUAUACUUUUGGAGACUACCGAAAUACCGAAAAACCUUUAAAAUGCUUUACUGGAUGUGACUGUUGGAAGAAUGAAUACAUGACUUUGGGGACCAUGGAAUGAACACAUUACUUUAAAACAGAAAAUCCUUGUUAGCUGUAUAAUUUCAAGAAUAAUUAAUUUCCUGUUUCAAAUUACAUGCAUUGUUUGUAGAAGCUAGACUUUGAAUCCCUAAAAAGUGAACGGAGUUUAAAUUUUUAGAAUUGUGCUUUAUAUAUUCGUUAUAUUAUCGCAUCUGUAUGUAUAUAUAAUAGCAAUCUUUCAUGCCUUAUGUGCGUACAUUAAUUGCAGUAAUAUUGCCGCGGCGAGCCUCGCUUUUUUGACGGCAAAUGUCAAUUUUACCCGUUUAUUAAACUUUUCUUAUGUUUUAAUUGCAAAAAUUUCUAAUAUACAAAUGAUGCUUUCUAAUAUCUUAUGUUUAUGAUUACUGCAGCAUGCAGUGAUAUAGUGAAGGUAUAGAAGUUGAGCAAUUAUGAAUGUCACACAACACGAUCUAAUGAGCACAUUUUCGGUGUAUGGUUUUGCAUCAACGGUCUUGAUAAAUCUUAUAGGCCUUGUUGGAAAUACCGCCCUGAUUAUUGCACACAUCGUGGAUCCCCUAAAACUUUUAAAGUGCAAAUCAUCGGCCUUUGUUUUCGGUAUCGUCAUCAGCGAUUUGCUGCUAGCCAGCAGUGCACUGUGCUCACUUGUGCUGUUCCAACAUUUUUACGACGACGGGAUUACCAUGGUCUAUGCUGUUGGUAUUCUAUCCGUAUUAGUUGACCUUUCCUUGUCCAUAUCGCUUGCUUUGCAUUUAUUCCUGGCGUUUGAACGAUUUUUUUCGGUAGUUUCUCCGCUGUGGCAUCGUGUCAAUAUUACAACUCGCGGCUGUCGUAAAUUUGUUGUUGGAAUAUGGGUAGUUUGCGUUCUUGUGAAAGUUAGUGUUAUUGUUUUUCUGAGCACACUACGUUUGAAAUUAAAUAUUAA